GAUAUCACCACCCCAGCCAUCCUUCCAUUGCAUUUUCAGAUCAAUGAGAGAGAGGAAGAGAGAGAGAGAGGUCUGUGUAUUUUCAGCCACACGCUGACAGCUGUGCAGCAACCCCACGUACGUGCUCAUAUCCGGAGGAACACAUAGACAGAGAGGAGAGACGGAGGAGAGGCUGAGACAUCCCUCGUGUUUUUUUUUGCACCUUUUUUGCUCCGCAGACGCGUACGUGACUUAUCUGCUCCCGGAUUUCCCUUCAACUUUUUCUGUGUGGUUUUUAUACUGUUUUUCACUGUCGCAUCCCCUCCAUCCUCCGACUCUUUGGAAUGAACUGUUUCCCUGCCUGCGUCGUUUCCAUGUCAGCAUGGGAACUGCCGUGUCCAAAAGGAAGAAUUUAAGAAACGAUGCGAUAUCUUCUGUGGCAGCAAAAGUUAGAGCAGCGAGAGCAUUUGGAGAGUACCUGUCCCACACACACCCUGAAAACCGAAACGGAUCAGCUCAUCUUCUGUGUGAAACCUUGGUGGGUCCCGACCCGGAGUCCCCAAGUGACACGAUUGGUCCCAACAACAAUAAUCACCUUCACCCCUGCUCCAACACUACCAAGGGCUGUGAGGACAAACGGGAGCCCAGCCUGGUGAAACCCCCGCUGGGCUUACUCCAGCCACCUCCCCCCUCCAUCACCAUCUCUACCAAAGCGUCACGACUCUCCCUUGAGCGCAGCUUCUCAGCAGAGGAAGACCAGCAGAAGUCCGUCGAGUGCACCCUGCAGCCUGCCCGCGUGUACACCAUCACCACCCAGCGCGGUAUGCUGAUGAGCAGCGGCCGGGGCAGCAAGGAGAGCCUAGAACUGGACGUCCUAAAGGAAAAGACGGGGAGUGGCGGGGUUGGAUCCAGAGGUGGCUUGAUCCAGUCCUCCACUUCCCCUUCCUCCACCUCAUCUUCUCCAACACAAUACCACCAGGCCAGCAGCGGCCGUUGCACCAGCCACCAUCACAGAAACCAUCACGACCCUCACCACGGGAACCACCACCAUGCGCCCUCCAGUAGUGCAGGAAGUAGCGGGGCAAGUGGAAGCAGCAGUAGCAACCAGCAGCAGCAGCAGCAGCAGCAGGCUUUAAACGUCGCUGGAUCCCACUCCCAUCAUGGAUCACACCACCACCACCAUCACCUGUCUCAACCCCCGCUGCAGACCUCCGUCAGCGCCCACAACAUCCGCAGCUGGGGCGAGGGUGGAAAAGGGGAGGCGGAGUGCAGCGGGCUGGCCUGUGAGUCAUGCAGCGGCGCCCCCUCACGGAGCCAGGGCUCCCUGGAUCUGGAGAGCGCUUCCCGAGAGGCAGGCAAGCAGCACCGACGCCUAGAGCGGAUGUGGAGUGUGGACCGGGUGACUGGGCUGGAGAGAGAAGACACUAACUGGUUCCCCAAGGAAAAUAUGUUCAGCUUUCAAACUGCCACAACAACCAUGCAGGCGAUAUCGGCUUUCCGGGGAUUUGUGCAGAGAAAAAGGAGAGAGAGGGAGCAGGAUUCGGCAGAAGUCAUCCAGAGGAACUUCCGGAAGCAUCUUCGGAUGGUGGGCAGCAGGAGGAUGAAAGCACAGACAUUCGCUGAGCGUAGAUCGAAGAGUUUCAACCGUUCCUGGAGUGACCCCACCCCUGUCAAGACAGACCCUCCUCAUGAACCCAGAGACAGCGGAGACCUGCAGACCUCCUGUAAUACCUUGGAUGAAGGAGGCCUUGAUGACAGUAUGGACUGGGAGGAGGAGAGGGAGAUGGAGAGGCUUGCCUGUGAAGCGGAUGACUUUGUACCUCCCAAGAUCAUGCUGAUCUCAUCUAAGGUCCCGAAGGCAGAGUACGUUCCCACUAUAAUCCGCAGGGAUGACCCCUCCAUCAUCCCCAUCCUCUAUGACCAUGAACAUGCAACUUUUGAUGAUAUUUUGGAGGAAAUAGAGAAGAAGCUCACAGCUUACAGGAGAGGAAGCAAGUUCUGGAGGAUGCUCAUCUUUUGUCAGGGAGGCCCCGGUCAUCUGUAUUUACUGAAGAAUAAAGUGGCAACUUUCGCUAAGGUGGAAAAGGAGGAGGACAUGAGCCAAUUCUGGAGGAGGCUUAGUCGCUUCAUGAGUAAAAUCAACCCAGAACCCAACCUCAUCCACAUAAUGGGAUGCUACGUCCUGGGCAACCCCAAUGGAGAGAAGCUGUUCCAGAAACUGAAGAAUCUGAUGAGGCCUUAUUCUGUCGAGUUUGAGUCGCCGCUGGAGCUGUCUGCGCAGGGCAAAGAGAUGAUUGAGAUGUACUUCGACUUCCGCCUCUACCGACUCUGGAAGACGCGCCAGCACUCCAAACUCUUGGACUAUGAGGAGUUUUUGUGACGAAGAAACUCGGAUGACGGGCCCCGCAGAGCCCCCCCUCCCAGUGCCACGAGGAACAACUGUUAACAACUGAUCCAAUGACUGAACCUUGCUCAACUAUAGCGCUCGACCCGUCAACUCAAUAUAAACAGUCACGCCUCCUUUCAUCCUGGAGAGGACUGAGAGAAGAGGAGGAGGAGGGAUGACAGGCAGGACAAGGAGGCUGAAGACAAACUAAAUUACUCCGUGCCUCAGCUCCUCCUCGUUUUCAGAGAAAGGAUCAGGGACUAACAAGGGCCGAGAAAACACGCAUAAAAGAAAAUGAGGAAAUAGCAGAGACGUCUGGACUGUUCAUGUCUUAGUCAUCAACUCCCUUUGCCUCCUGAGUUUGAAAGGAAAAUCAAAAAUUCAAAUGUGUAAAAAACGAAAUAUCAUUUUAGUCACACCUCUGUUGCAAAGACACAUUUUUCUGAGGCUGAUGUGCUUCAGAAAAAUCACCGAAACUCAUCCUGCCAUUAUGUGGUUCUGUGUUUUGACCGAACCUCUCAGACGACCCCGGACACAUACAUAUACAUGAAUAAUCCAUAUGUCGAUGUGUGUAUAUAUCACAUUAAUAUAUUAGCAUAGCUUUAGUCAUGCAAAUAAUACUCUAUAUGAAAAUAAUGAUGCAUCAUUUAUUUUUGAUGUGCAUUGUUGUGCAGUUUCAUAUGGAAAUACUUUGGAAUAACUCAGGUUUUAGCCAUGAAGUAAUUAAUCUGUUUGUCUAUUCUAUCAAGAUAUUGUAAUCUUCAUCGCCAUCGCUUGGAACGAAUGUAUUAUCUCUCUAGAAAUGUAUCUUCGGUUUGAGGAAUUGAGCUUCAUGUUUUGGUAAAAAAAAAUAACAAAAAAAAAAGUGCUGAUUUUGUGUGCGAGUGUGCGCGCGUGUUUCCCAUGUCAAAAAAAAAAGAAAACAGGCAGAUGUGUUGUGUGUAUUUUCUCUUUCUGCUCCUCUGUUGAAGCAAACGUAGUUGUUCAUUACCUCCACCUUCCAUCUUUCUCUCUUUGUGUCCCAUACACACGUACGCAAAGACAGUCGAGCAUGAUUUAUGAUGUCAAGAGGGAUGAAACAGCCAUCCAAGUGCUCCUGCCACUGUAGUGUAGGAGUUGCCCUAUUGAUCCUUCCUGCUCUUUCGCAGAAGGUUCAGGCCACUUAGUCGGCCCCUGUCAACGGCGCCAGCUGCCCUCGCUAUCUGCCAAACACCCUUGGCUUCACCCUAAUGGCAGCCAAACGAGCUUCCGCCACCUCUCACUUCACUGGGCUGUGAUCCAGUCUGAGGACUCGAGCUCUCUGAAUUAAACAGAUCUGCCAGAGGUUUAAAAUGUUAACAGCCUUCUGCCACCCCUGCCAGGUGUCAGCUAGUUAAAAGGCCAGAAAUACACGCUGAGUGUGUGUGUCUGUGUCCGACCACCCGAGCGACCUGAGCUGUCUUACGUAGAUUAAAUCAAAUCAAAUAUGGAGAGCCGACAGCUGGACAGCAAUCUGAAAUUAUGCGCAAGUGCUCACACAGACACAAACAAACAAACCACUAGGGCUGGGACGAAAAGAAGUUUGAAGAGUCAAUAACUUAAAGGAGCACUCCACAGAUUUUGCAAAUGAAAUAAUCAAAUCUGGAAUACUACACAGCCUGUGGAACCAUUUUUAUGAUGUCUGCUGUGGAGUUGGAUUUCUAAAGUGUGAGAAAAUGACCCUGGUGAUGUCAUCAGGGUUAUCUCAGCUUUGGCUUUACCCUGCAAUCUAUCAAGAUGAGUUAUGGCAAGUGUAUGAUAGGUGUAUUUUGGGGCUCGACUUCAAGGGACUAAAUUCUCUCACAAUCCCCCUGCUUAUGGAAGUGCAAUACUAAACCACCUUAAAUAAUAACUCCCGUUAUUUUCUUUUAUUUAAAGCGGUAUUCAACAGGGCUGACCCAAAUGCUUCAAGCUUCAAAGCUUCAGUCAUUGCUAUGGUAAAUGAUGUCCAGAUCAGUAUUCAAAUGCUUUGUUUGGUUUUUUCACCAGUAAACUGGUGAAGGGAACUGAAAGGAAGUGGCAAGUGUCUGACACAAAUGAAGCCUGUGUCCUCAGCAUCGUCAUUGACCCCUGCUUCAAGCAUUAAAUUGGCCGUCGGACGAGGGGGGAAAAAAAGCAGGUGAAACAAAACACAUCAUUAUCCACAACUGGCAACUGUAGUGAAGUGCUUUUCUUGCAUCUAGUGAUGUGGCUCGACACGUGGCUGUCUGAGUUACUAAUAAGUUACUGAAAGCACCACAUCCUACUAAACUUGUCUCGAGUUUGGGUGGUUUCCUAGCGCAUAUGAUCCCCAUCACCCAGGGUCCUGUCACGUCCUGUUGAAGCUUUGAAUAUUCGUGGGUACUUACUACUGAAGCUUUGAAGCUUUGCAUGUAGUGAUGCGGCCCAACCCAGGCUUUCCGAGUUAUUAAUAAGUUACAGAAACACUGUGUGCAAUAGUCUGACUUCUCUUCCCAUCACUCGUAGAGUCAGGUUCAGGUGGUCCCAUCACGUACCAUUGAAACUUUGAAUAUUGGUAGUUGAUUAUCGCUGAAGCUUCAAAGCCCCAAAAAUGGUAUUUGGGACAGCUCUAGUAUUUGACAAAAUGGUGACCAAAUAGAAGCAGAAAAAUUUCAGUACUCUAGUGUCAGUUUACCGUUCGAUUUCUCAGGUUGGCGUGCACUUAAGGAAAUUAUUUCAUCUAUUGUCAAGUUUCCGAAUUUAAGCUACAUAUAAAAUUUCCAUCCAAUUGACCCAAGUAAUUCUAACAUAUGCAAAAAAAGCACCAUUUAUGUUAUCAAAUCAAAUAAAACUGAGAUGAGACGAUAGAAUUGUGAUGAUAGCAUUUACCUUAUUUACUUUAGUGAAGGUUAUGUAAUUAAGUUAAUAAAUUUUAUUUUUUGUUUUUAAAUAUGUGGAUGUUCACCAACUUGUUCAAAAUACACUGAUUAUUUUAACAGUAAUUAAAUCAAAUUUAUUACAGUAAAUUAAAUUCUUAUGGUCUACUUAUCUCAGAUUUAUUUGAUUUAAUGACAUAGAUGGUAUGUUUUUUUAUUUAUGUCAGAACAGCUUGACUCAACUGGAUGGACGUUUUCAAUAUAGCCUGACUGAAAUACAUAAACCUGACAACACAGAUCAAAUAAUUACUCGGAGUGUUUCCGCCAAGGUCCUGAUAAAGGCAGAAACUAUUUGAAUGCGUCACCCUAAGAAAUAAACUGAGGCUACAGUAUUGAGCUUUUGUGCCUCUACAGUGCUGCAAUCUCAGCUUUUGUGUGUCCCUUUUUAAACAAAAUGCUCCGGCAUGUCAGCCAUAAUUCUAUGAAUAUGGCUGCAAUCCAAAAAGAUAUUGCCAAGUCAUGCCACGACUCGCUGCUUGGCCAGUCACAGCGUUGUCCCACAAUGAUGGAAGCCCAUGAAUGUCAGCGAAACAUCGCUGUAGAGCAACACUUUGACUCCAAACCAGUCGCUGAGUGUUCGCAUAAGUGAGCGGCGUGCGGGAAGUUUACAGAGUGCAUGAGGGAAAUGAUGAAUAGAUUUCAGUGGCUCCAGCCCCGCAUAACUCACACACACACACACAUGCACAUAUACAAACACACACAGGUGAAGAUACUCUACUUCUAUAUGGUAAAUACUUUGCCAUUUGUCAUUAUUUGUGUGAAUGUGUUAAUAUUUGGAGCAUUAUGUGCAGGCUUUAUUUUGUGUUAAAGUCAACCAGUCUCACUGGAGUGCUCUCUAUCUCUCUACUAGCAGAGCUCUGGUUUUUAUUUGCUUUUGCCCUCUCUCUGACAUUGCAGUGCUGGCCUACAGUUUGUCUGGCACCGACAAGUGCUCUCUCAGCCUGAGUCACGCAGUACAUGUUUUCACUCCAGAUUUAAAAUUCAACACUUAGAGACAACCUGUCGUAUCAUGGAGCCAUUUUAAUUCCAGCAGAAGCAUUAAGCUGCCGACUUCUCAAAGAUGUUGCCCUCAACAGCUGCUGGGUGUAAUGGAAUUUUUUGUUUUUUUCUGAUCUUUACACCGUGGUAUAAAUUUCAUUUUAGAAACUGAGACACUGGUUAAUUUUAAGCAAAGCAGCAAUGUGUUGGAUUCAGUUAAUUCAGUAAAUGUUUUUCUUACGCUAUAGAAAACAGAAUAAAUGUCAUAUUCGGUCUGUAAAGAAAUUACUGGUUAUUAGUCUUCUGUUUGAAUUUAUUGGGCUAUACGUGAUGUGAAGAGCACUCUGACUCAGGAGUUUGAGAGAGCUUUCUUGUUUUCUUCUUCAGCAAAAAAAAAAGAAAGACAAAAAAAUCACCGGAAAUCUAAUUAAAAAUGCAAACGUGUCUAUUUGUCUCUCUCAAUCUGUGUUGUAUUAUUUGCCUUUUCAUUUCAUUUCAAAUAUUGGGAAAAUAAAACAAAAACGAAGCUAA